CUUUCUUGCCUUUGAAUAAAGUCUUGACACAUACGAUUUACUGUGGCCACUUCUUCCAUCUUAUUCACGUCUUUCGCACGGACCUGUCACAGUGACGGUUGACAGCUGUCAGUGCACUCUCGCACUCCAAUUGGAGCCCCAACUUUACUGAUCUGCAGCCUUCACGUACCUUGAUAUCACCGCGAAAAUGACUCCUCACGCCGAUUUUCGUACGCACUCGGAGAAGUGGAACUCUCCAGCCGGGCAGGAACCGCUCUUGGGAGCCAGUGAGUGUUUUACCAACGGGCUGGGAAAUAGCCACCUUCCUACCGUAGUGAGCCGAUCUCAUCUUCGACAUACACCAGAAGAGGAACUACAUGAUCUCGUAUGCGUUGGGUUUGGGCCGGCAUCACUCGCCAUUGCAGUGGCUCUUCACGAUGCGAUGGAUGGGACAGAUCCAUCCCUUAACAUCCCCAGUCUUCAACAAGACGCACCAAAGGUCGCAUUUCUGGAGAGACAACACCAAUUUGCAUGGCAUGCCGGAAUGCUGCUUCCUGGCGCGAGAAUGCAAAUUACGUUCAUGAAGGACAUGGCGACGUUGAGAAAUCCACGGAGCGAGUUUACCUUCAUUAAUUACCUCUUCAAGAAUGGUCGGCUCAUUGAAUUCACAAACUUAAACACUUUCCUACCACAGCGAGUGGAAUACGAGGAUUACAUGCGAUGGUGUGCGGGAUGGUUCGAGGAGGUCGUUCAGUAUGAUCAAGAAGUGCUGAAAAUUGUGCCUGAAAAAUCCUCUAGCGAGGGUGAUACUAUUUCAACAUUCACAGUGUUAUCACGAAACCUCCAAACCGGGGAAUUACAAUCUAGGAGGACGAAACACGUGGUCAUAGCAUCAGGUGGAAGACCAAACAUCCCAAAACCGUUCCCUAGCAACCACCCCAAGGUCGUACAUUCGUCGCAGUUUUCUCACAUCUCGACGAAGCUCUUGAAAGACUUCCAGCAUCCAUACAACGUGGCAGUAAUCGGGAACGGACAGAGCGCGGCAGAGAUCUUUGAUUUCUUGCAUUCCCAUUACCCUAAUGCGAAAACUAGGUUAUUAAUUAAAGGGGGUGCUUUGCGUCCAAGUGAUGAUUCACCUUUUGUGAACGAGAUUUUCAAUCCCUCUCGCGUCGACUGCACCUUUUCUCGCGACCCUGAUCUUCGCCACACCACCAUCACCGAGGAUCGCAAUACCAACUAUGGCGUUGUACGCCUAAAUUUACUCGAACGGAUCUACGAGACCUUAUACACUCAGCGCAUACGUUAUGGGAACUCUCCCGUCGCGGAGGAGCAAUGGCCUCAUCGGAUUCUACCUUAUCGUUCUGUACUCAAUUUGGAGGGCUCACCCGUUAUCAAUGGCGGAAUUCGUCUGCACGUACGAGACCAGAGUCCGCUUUACCUGUCCGAUGCGCCGAAUGCGGAGGAGAAGGAAGACGAGCUAGAUGUCGACGUAGUGUUCGUAGCGACAGGUUAUCAAAGGGAUUUGCACGAGACCCUCCUUCAAGACGCACGGAGCUUAAUGCCCGGUGGCGGCCUAAAAGAUGCAAAAUGGACAGUUCAACGCGACUACAGAGUACAGUUUGCAGACAAGAAGGUCAGCGACGAUGCCGGAGUCUGGCUGCAAGGUUGUUGCGAGAGCUCGCACGGUUUGAGUGACACGCUUCUUUCUAUUUUGGCAACACGCGGAGGACAGAUUGUCAAGUCUAUCUUUGAAAAUAGGUCUGUGUAAGGUGACCGUGUCAGUUACGAGGAGGCUUCGUCAGGAAGCGAUAAAAAGAGCAUUGGUUUGGAGGUGGGAAGUGGAGACGGCUUUUGCUUUGUUGCGUCAGCCCCAUGCGCCAGCAGUGCAUGUGGCUGUGUCGGACAUGUGGGGCUGAUUGGUGAGGCAUUCCAUCUCUCCGAGUUUAUUUCCUAUUGAUACCGGUUUUGGAGGUUAUACCUCGAGCCCUCAGAUGUCAAUGUCUGAUGAGUUCUUGUAUAGAGGGCUUGUUGAACUAGUUACCUACAGUUAGCAUUCUAUUAGCAUCUCACCUCUU